CUCACGCUCCGCUCUCCACUCUCAAUGAGCGCACGGAUUCGAAACCGAACUCCAUGACAUUGCAGCACUCUGAGGUGAACUCAUGGUGACGACCCUGGAAGCACUCCUCGUCGUACACGAUGAUCUGGAAGACAGAGAUCUUGAUGAGUGACAGCUCUGUCAAGCAUACCUUCCAAUGGCCAGAGAACUUGGUGCAAUGACGUUCUUGAACCCCUUCACCAUGUCUCAGACCGCCAAGUCCACCUCCAACCAGGGCACUGAUGCCAAGGACAAGGGAGCUCCCGCCCCUGCCGCCACCAGCAAGGCUUCCAAGACCGGAGACCCCGGAUUCAUGGGUAACUACAGAAUCUUCCUGUUCGACCAGGAGAACUUCCAGGGCAGGAUGAUGGAGGUCCAGAAUGAGUGCAUGAACGUUUGUGAACGCGGAAUGGACAGAGUCCGCAGUAUCAUUGUUGAGUGCGGCCCCUUUGUUGCCUUCGAGCAGACUAACUUCCGUGGCGAGAUGUUCAUCCUGGAGAAGGGCGAGUAUCCUCGCUGGGACACCUGGUCAAACAGCUACCGCAGUGAUUGUCUCAUGUCCCUCAGACCCAUCCGCAUGGACCCCAUGGAGCACAAGAUCUGCCUGUUUGAGCUGUCUGACUUCAAGGGCAACAAGAUGGAGAUCCAGGAGGAUGACGUGCCAACCCUGUGGGCGCAUGGCUUCUGUGACAGAGUGGGCAGCGUGAGGGUCCCCGGUGGAGCUUGGGUGGGAUACCAGUACCCCGGCUACAGAGGAUACCAGUAUCUGUUUGAGUGCGGCGACUACAGACACUACAACGAGUUUUGCGCCUUCCAGCCUCAGAUUCAGUCCAUGCGCCGUGUGAGGGACAUGCAGUUCCACCAGCGCGGCUGCUUCAAUCUGACCGCCGCUAAACAGUGAACUCACCUCGCUGCGGUCUUGCAGCACAGCAACUAGCCUUCUCAUGGCACUUUUUAUCCCCGUACCUCCCCCUUUUCUCUGACUUCUCCCACCCAGAAUAGAUUCAUUUAAAUUGUCCAGGACAUCUAACUGACUUUUUAUGAUGCCAAUAAUAAACAUGUUUUGGAAAAAUAAAAAAAGCUGACUUGC